CAGCCGAGUCGCCCACGCAUCUCAAGUUUCUCAACGUAUACAUCCACAUCCCCUCCGGAAUAAGCAGUCCCCUCGCACUCGGGGAUCCCGGAACGCAGCCAUACCGGAGAGAGCACAUGGCCUGGGACGCAAAACGUCCACGCUCGACGCCACGACUGCUUCCCAAGGAAGGGGCGUUCCCACAGACGACAUCAGCGCCAGUGAGGGUGAGAAGCAGGGUCGAUGGAUGUGCUUAUCAGUGGAGGUGCGAGGGAAUGCACUUAUAUCCGUCUGCCUCCCACCCGGCCUCCUUCUUCUCCUUCUUCCCCACCCGUACACCAGUGUGAUGAUGCAUUAUUCAUCGCGCGGCAGAUACUGGGUGCUCGUGCUCCUCGCCGCCCUGCUCGCGUUUAGCGCACUGUCCGCCGCUGACAAAUCCCCGCCCAAGUUCCCCGAUCUGUACGAAGCGUCGGUGCUGGAGCUGCAGGCGGGCCUAGACGCGGGGCAUUUCUCCAGCGUCGAUCUCGUCAAGGCGUACUUCGCACGCAUCGCGGAGGUGAACCUCCAGGGCCCCGCGCUGCGCGCCGUGAUCGAGACGAAUCCGUUCGCGAUCGAGCAGGCCCGGGCGCUGGAUGCGGAGCGGCGGAAGACGGGGAAGCGCAGCGCCCUGCAUGGGAUCCCGGUCCUCGUCAAGGACAACAUCGCCACACUGGCUAGCGAGGGAAUGAACACCACUGCGGGUUCCUUUAGUUUGCUCGGCUCGAUCGUGCCGGAUGAUGCCGGCGUCGUGAAGAAACUGAGAAGAGCGGGUGCCAUCAUCCUCGGAAAAGCCAAUCUGUCCGAAUGGGCGCACUUCCGCGGGAACGUCGCCUCGGGCUGGUCGGGCCGCGGCGGGCAGGCCACGAACGCCUACUUCCCCAAAGCCGAUCCGUGCGGGUCGUCGUCCGGCUCCGGCAUCGCCGCCUCGAUCGGGCUCGCGGCGGUCACGCUCGGUAGCGAGACGGACGGCAGCAUCACGUGUCCGUCGAGCAACAACAACCUCGCUGGGAUCAAGCCGACCGUGGGGCUGACGUCCCGCGCUGGAGUGAUCCCCAUCUCCGAGCACCAGGAUACAGUCGGCCCGAUGACGCGCUCCCUGACCGACGCCGCGAUCGUGCUGUCGGUCAUCGCCGGGAGAGACGCGAACGACAACUUCACGCUCGCGCAGCCGGCGGUCGUGCCGGACUUCACCAAGGCGCUGAACGCCCAUGCGCUGCGGGGGAAGCGCAUCGGGGUGCCGCGGAGGGUGUUCCUCAACGACAGCAUCACCGGCAACGAUCCCUCGAUCAACGUCGCGUUCGAGGAGGCGCUAAAGACGAUCCGCGCGUUGGGUGCGACGGUGGUGGAUCCCGCGGAUCUGCCCUCCGCGGAGGAGUUUGUGACGAGCAACAACGAGACGCUCGUGUUGAAUGUCGACUUCAAGAUCCAACUGAACAAGUGGUUCGCGUCUCUCCUGAAAAACCCCUCCGGCGUGCGCAGCCUCGCCGAUCUCAUCGCGUUCGACGAUGCCAAUCCGACGCUCGAGGAGCCCGCGGGGUUCGAGGACCAGUCCCAGCUGAUCGCAGCGCAGGCCACGGCCGGCUUCGACGCGGCUUUCUUUGCCGCGCUGGCGGCGGACCACGAUCUGGGCAGCACGCGCGGCAUCGACUUUGCCCUGAAAAAGUUCAACCUUGAUGCGCUCGUCCUCCCCGCGCCCGGAUUUACUACCGCGCCCCCCGCCGUGGUGGGCUACCCGAUCGUGACCGUCCCGCUCGGGUUCUUCCCAGAGAAUGUCACCAUCGGCUCUGCGGGCCCCGAAACGCUGUACCCCGCGCCCGGCGUGCCGUUCGGCUUGUCGUUCCUCGGGACGGCGUUUUCCGAGUUCGAGCUGAUUGGGCUCGCGUUCGCGUACGAGCAGAAGACGCAGACGCGGCUCAAGCGCAAGGCGUUUGCGGCGGCUGUGCCGAAGACGCAGUUGGCGGAUAUCGUGGGCGCGUGAGUUGUUUGUGUUGUGUUUUGUGUGUCUGUGUCUGUGCUAUGGAGGCCGGGAAUUAUAUGCUGAUAAGCGGAGGACAUAUCACUGAUACGCGAAAGUUUGCCGACAUGGCAUCAAUGUCAUGAUGCGCUCUAUGUCAUGAUGCGCUCUGUCUGGACCCCGAACGCUCGUUAACAUGUAUGAAAAAGGCCAAGUACAUGCACUGUAGAGUAGCGAUAGAGCGUAACUACUUACAUGAGACUAGACAGUCCAAAAAACUUG